AUCACAGCUGGUUAUAUAUCCGCGCUGACGUCACAAUGAAGAAGGCACGACCGUCUGCUUGUCACGUGAUCAUCUCCGAUCUGCGCUCGUGGACGUCUGCAAAAUGGAGGACCGUGAAGCUAAAGAACCAGAGCAGCUCAGGAAGCUGUUUAUUGGGGGUUUGAGCUUUGAAACCACUGAGGAGAGUUUACGGGCCCAUUUUGAGCAAUGGGGGACACUCACGGACUGUGUGGUGAUGAGGGAUCCCAACAGCAAGAGGUCAAGAGGGUUUGGCUUUGUAACAUAUGCCGCGGUACCAGAGGUUGAUGACGCCAUGAAAGCAAGGCCUCAUAAAGUCGAUGGCCGUGUUGUUGAACCGAAGAGGGCUGUGUCCAGAGAGGACUCCAAUAAACCAGGUGCUCAUCUGACCGUGAAGAAGAUCUUUGUCGGCGGUAUCAAGGAGGACACUGAGGAGUACCACAUCCGAGAGUAUUUCGAGAAAUAUGGGAAAAUCGAAUGCAUUGACAUCAUGGAAGAACGCUCCACCGGAAAGAAAAGAGGAUUCUGCUUUGUCUCGUUUGAUGACCAUGACACCGUAGACAAAAUUGUUGCCCAGAAAUACCACACAAUCAACUUCCACAACUGUGAGGUCAGGAAAGCUCUGUCAAAACAGGAAAUGAGUUCCAUGUCCAAUAACAGGGGCAGGAGCGGAGGAUCUGGAAACUUCAUGGGUAGAGGUGGUAAUUUUGGAGGUGGUGGCAACUUUGGCCGUGGUGGUUAUGGUGGAGGACGUGGUGGUUAUGGUGAUGAUUUUGACAAUGGUCCAGGAGGAAAUUAUGGUGGAGGACCAGGUUAUGGAGGAGGUCGAGGAGGCUAUGGAGGUGGUGGUGGUGGCGGCCCAGGGUAUGGGAACCAGGGUGGUGGCUUUGGUGGCAGCUGUGAUGGAGGUUAUGGGGGUAAUGACGGAGGAUAUGGAGGGGGUGGAAAUUACAAUGACUUUGGAAACUAUGGUGGACAGCAGUCCAGCUAUGGACCCAUGAAAGGGAACAACUUUGGUGGCAGAAACUCGGGUGGAGGACCCUACGGCGGAGGCUAUGGCUCCGGUGGUGGCGGCGGAGGUGGCUAUGGCUCACGGCGAUAUUAAUUAUUUCAUGUUUUGAUGUGGAAAGAGGCAUUCUCUUCUUGCUGAAAAUCUGUAAAGACCUGAUAACAUGGAAGGUUCUGGAUGGGUAAGACUUUUUUCAAAAUAUUAUAUAAGGCUGCUCAUAUUGUAAUCUAACAGUGCACUGAGUGGUUAUGACAAGGUGCAGGGGUCUUUUGACGGUAAACCGAGCAGGAUGACAUCCAGUGUUGCUGCACUUUGACCGGAAUCAGACUGAGCUUCUUACACAGCUUGGUAUUCUAUGAAGGCAAAAGUGUAUUGUGUUUUCAUGCUUAUUUAUUUAUUUAUUUAUUUAUUUAUCUAUCUUCAAUAUCACUCAGUUAAUUUUAAUGAAACAAGCCUGGGGUGCCAAGGUUACCAUACUUCCAAGAAAAAAAUAAUAUGGAAGAAAGCCAAACAACCAUUGAGUCAUGCAGUAUGAAACUAUAGAGAUCAAAAAGUCGUUAUCGGAUCUAUAUAAAUCAUGUAAGCGAACUUUAAACUGAAGGAGCUUGAUCAUUGCUAGUUAUUGCUUGAUCAUUGCUAGUUAUAGUAGUGAAAUGCAGAAUACUAUGUCAUAAAAUUUAAAAAGGCUGACAAUCAGCACUUUGACCAGCCUGAUUUUGAAGCAACAUGAAACAAGGUCAGAUCCUUUGUGCGAAUGACAGGGAUAAAAUAAUGUAAUAAACAUGAUCCUAUGUGUCAGGCCAGGUGUCAGGGUAACACAAUAUGGCAAGCAAACUGCCUCAACUGAGAGGAACGGUGGUCACAAGUUGAAACUAAUAAAACUGGGAUGGGACAAACACAUUAAACUGAUUAUUUAAAAACUAGUAAUUCAUGUAUUGUAAUGUGAGUUUGUAUAGGUGAGAACCUUUUCAUGACCUCCUACUCGUUCCCCAGUGGGGACAUUUUUUGAGGUUUCCUUAAAAAAACAAAACAGGAACUGACCUUUUGCUACAGUACUUUUUGUAAAUUGUUUGUUAGGCUAUUUAAACAUGUGAGGUUGGAGAAAUCAAUUGAAUUCAACAUCUUUUAUACUAAAUUACAUCAACAUUUUGUUAGACAUGUAAUGUUAGGGCUACAAAUCUAAUGUUAUGCAUUUUAAUUGAUCUGCACAUUAAAGAUUUCACACAUCAACACAGUCUGAAAUCAGACAAAAUAUUGCCUGAAGAUGUUUUCCAAUCUGUUGCAGGAUAGUAUUUGUAUUUGUGGAAUGACUAACUUCUUUACACAGAAUAAAGUGAAGCUUGACUGUAAUAAAACUCUGUGUGAAUGAACUGUUGACUUUUGAGAAGAAUAUGUAAAUGUUACGUGUGACUUGUGUUCUUAAAUAAAAAUGUGUUUCAUGAA